AUGGUCCAGGUGCGCGUCAUCGAGGACGGCUUCGACCUGACGCCGCUGCCCCUGCUAUUGAGCACGCGGGCCGAGACGCCGUCGCUCGCCGUCGCCCAGGCCGAGGAGCUGGCGAGCAGCGUCGACUCGCCGAGCGAGGGCAGCGAGGCGUCCGAGGGCGACCCGGAGGCGUCGCUCGAGGACAGCGAGGACGAGUUCGAGGACGAGAACGCCAAGCCGGAGAACGUGCCCGUCGUCAUGCAGCUCCACGAGUCGGCCACGGAGACGCUGCUCCACAUCAGCGGCUUCUGCGUCGCCACGGACUUCUCGGGCAAGGCCAAGGUCGAGGAGCGGAACGCGGCCUACGACGCGAUGGUCGCGGGCCGCGCGUCGAGCGACCGCUACGUCAUCCGCCACGCCCAGACCCUGAACCACGCCCAGAAGGACGCCGAGGUCAUGGUGCAGCCGCCGACGACGACGUCCGUCGGCUGCGAGUCGAGCGUCUGGGACAUCUACGACGCGAACGAGGCGCAGUCGCGCGCGUUGGCGGACCAGGCCGAGGAGGACGAGACCGUGGGCGCGGCGGGCGCGUCGUCGGGCCGCGGCAAGAAGAGCGGCGGCACGCAGCUGUCGUCGCUCAUCAACGCGGAGAUGACGAAGACCGUGUCCGAGCAGGUGCUUUUGGCGCAGCACGCGGUCAAGGUGCUCGAGUCGCGCGAGCUCGCGGCGUCGCUCGCGACGAUGGAGCGCUGCGUGCAGCAGAACCUGUUCCACCACAAGCAGCUCCAGUACCGGGACCACCUGAGCGCGACGGAGGGCGCCGGCGGCGCGGCCCUCGAGGGCGGCGAGGGCGAGGCCGUCGCCGCGGAGCCGGCGGAGGCGGCCAAGGCCGAGGAGGUCGUCGAGGGCGACCACGACGAGGGCGCGCCGGGCGCGUCGCUCGAGAUGCUCUGGGCGUGGAACGCGCCGAUGACGCGCGGCCGCUGCGUGACGGCCAUGUCCUGGAACACGGUCAACGAGGACGUGCUCGCCGUGGGCUACGGCGGCUUCUCCUACGCGGCGCCCAAGGGCGGCCUCGUGCUGUUCUGGUCGUUGCGGAACCCCGUCUACCCCGAGCGCGUGCUCUCGCUCCCGUCGGGCUGCACGGCCGUCGACUUCUCGAAGAACACGCCCCACCUCCUCGCCGUGGGCAUGCACGACGGCACGGUGGCCAUCUUCAACGUGCGCCGCGAGGAGCAGGGCGUGCUCGCGACGCCCGUGCUCGACAGCGAGCACACGCCGGGCAAGCACAUGGACCCCGUCUGGCAGGUCCAGUGGGUCGACAAGGGCACGGAGCGCGGCGAGAGCCUCGUGUCCAUCUCCACGGACGGCCGCGUCGUCGAGUGGUCCAUGAAGAAGGGCCUCGAGGAGUCGACGCUCAUGGUCCUCAAGCGCGUCGGCGACUCCGAGGGCGUCAUCUCCCGGCAGGCGAGCGGCCUCUGCUUCGACUUCCCCCACGACGACGCGGCCAUCUACCUGGCGGGCACGGAGGACGGCCUGCUCCACCGCUGCUCCUGCUCCUACAACGAGCAGUACCUCGAGACGUACGCGGGCCACACGGGGCCCGUCUACCGCAUCCGCUGCUCGCCCUUCUGGGCGCCCGCGUUCCUGUCCUGCUCCGCGGACUGGACCGUGAAGCUCUGGAGCCAGAAGGACGCGGCGCCGGCCCACUCCUUCCACUCCGUGGACCUCAGCGACGUCGUCCACGACGUCGCGUGGAGCCCGCACCGGUCGACGAUCUUCGCGUCCGUCGCGGGCGACGGCCGCAUCGAGAUCUGGGACCUGGACCAGUCGACGCUGGACCCCGUGUCCAAGGCCGGCUCCACGGCCGUGCUCUUCGCGAAGAACGCGCCCGUCCUCGUCGUCGGCGACGCCACGGGCAACGUCACCUGCUACUGCAUCAAGGGCAUGGCGAAGAACGGGCCCCAGACCCGCGCGCAGCAGUGCGACGCGCUCAGGCAGGCCAUCUACCCCGAGGCCAAGACCGACGGCAAGCUCGACGCCGCCGCCAAGUGA